ACGAUUUGCGAAGAAGAAGGAAAGAAUGCCAAAAAAUGAAAGACAGUCACACCAAACACAAAACAAGGAUAGCAAGUUUCUACUCUACACAACAUAACGAUGUCUCGUGGACGCGGUGCAGCUUCCGGUACUAAGUACAGGAUGACCUUGGGUCUUCCUGUUCAAGCCAUUUUGAACUGUGCUGAUAACUCUGGUGCCAAGAACCUUUACAUUGUUUCCGUUUUCGGUACUGGUGCUCGUCUUAACCGUCUUCCAGCUGCCAGUUGUGGUGAUAUGAUCCUUGCUACCGUCAAGAAGGGUAAGCCUGACUUGCGUAAGAAGAUUAUGCCUGCCAUCGUUGUUCGUCAACGCAAGGCUUGGCGCCGUAAGGACGGUGUCUUCCUUUAUUUUGAAGACAACGCUGGUGUCAUUGUCAACCCCAAGGGCGAAAUGAAGGGUUCUGCCAUCACUGGUCCUGUUGCCAAGGAGUGUGCUGAUCUCUGGCCUCGUAUUGCUUCCAAUGCAGGCACUGUAGUUUAAACUUGUUCCAUGAAUGACAUUUUGGGAUUACGAGACUCUAAUGUACAUUGCACGAUAAAGUAAAAGAAGAGAAGAAAUGACGAAAAUGUUUUAGCUUUGCUCCCUGUAUAAACCAUAAUAA